CAGAUCAGACCAGAAGGAGACACCAGCAGCAGAAGCAGCAGCAGCAACAGCAGCAGCAGCAGCAGCAGCAGCAGCAGCAGCAGCAGCUUCUCAUCUUUCCAUCCUCCAGUCUGAUCCAGAACCCCGUGCAGGAUGACCCACUUCAGGUGCACAGACUCGGUGCGCAGGAGCCUCUUCGGCCCGGUGGAUCACGAGCAGCUGCGGCGGGACCUGAAGCUCAAACUUCAGCAGAUCAUGGAGCAGGACACCCGGCGCUGGAACUUUAACUUCGAGGCUGAGACGCCGCUUCCCGGCCGGUUCCAGUGGGAUGAGAUCCCCGUUCAGUGCGCUGCGCCUUUUUACGCGCAGAGGAACGACGCAGCCUCCAAACCCGAGCAUGGAGACCAGCCGAGCGAGGAGCAGAGCGCACGGACGGACCAGGAGAACCGGCCCAGCGUCUCCAACACGCACAAGAGUCCCGCCGAAGUGACGCCGGUCCGGAGGAAGAGGAUGCACUCCAGAGCCGCAGCCAAACCCAGAAAUAACGCACGGAUCACCGAUUUCUUCUCUAAAAGAAGGAGGUCGACAGAAACCAAGAGCAUCCAGAAUCCUUUCAGCUCCACUGAAGCAGCUCCGUGCAGAACAAUAAGAUGAACAAACAUCUGGACUUUUCACAAACUGGACCAAAGACUGUUACUGCGCCAAAGGAUUUCAUCUUAUUUUAUGUAGUUUUUAAAUCUUAUUUCGUGUUAUUUUAUGUUUUUAUGUUAUUUUUAUAUUGUUUUUAAAUGUUGUUUCAUGUUUUUCUAUGGUAUUUUGCUAUUUUGUGUGUUUUAAAAAUCUUUUUUCAUGUUAUUUUAUGUUUUUUUAUGUUAUUUUUAAAUCUUAUUUCAUGUUAUUUUAUUACUUUAUUUGUGCUCAAGCUUAAAUUCUGCAUUUUUGUGUUUGGGUAUUUAUUUUAUUUAUGGACACGUUUAUUUAAAGUCUUUUUUCCUCCCAUUUGUGAUUGUUUACUUGUCAAGAUGUGUUUUUAUUUAUUUUUGUAAUUAUUUUUUAGCAUUAUUGGUUUGUUAUGAUUUUUUUUUUUUUAAAUACUUGAAUUUAUGUUGGGUUUUUUUGUGUGUUUUUAAUCCCUUUGUCCAGCUUGUUGUUGAAUUUGCUGCUUCUUAUCUGUAUAGAAAAGCACUACUUUCUUCUCAUCUUUAUCCAAAAUGAACUGAGGUGAUGAAAAACAUUGUAAAUUCCUAUGAAUACGUCAUUUCAAUAAAUGGUGUCAUCAGAGACAUGAAUUCUA